GCUAGAAUAGCACGAGGCUAGGUUGACUCGAAGAGGUUCAGGGACGAACGUGGAUGGUCUUUUGGUGCGAUUUUCGAGAAGCAUGGAAGUCCACCUCAGCGGCAGAGUUUGGCCACACUUGUCAUGACUGAAGGACAGACGGAAAACGUUUAGCUCUCAAAAGAUAUGGAAGGGCACGAAGAGGAGAGCCUGUGUGGGAAAUGGAGGCUGGCCUGCGGUUUGUACAACUUGAGGGAUGUCUUCACAUGGCGUCUGCUGAAGACCAUCCUCAUGGGGCAGGUCUUGUCCCUGCUGAUCUGUGGCACGGCAGUGAGCUGUAAGUGCCUCAUCGAUUCCGGGGUGAAGACGCCCAUGCUGCAGAGCUUCUUCAACUACCUCCUGCUGCUGCUCGUCUAUACGACCAUCCUCUGCACGCGCAAAGGUGACAGGAACAUCUUGCAGAUCUUAAAAACCAAGUGGUGGAAGUAUUUGGUGAUGGGUCUGGCAGAUGUCGAGGCGAACUAUGUUGUUGUCAAGGCCUACCAGUUCACCACCCUGACGAGUAUACAGCUGCUGGACUGCUUCGUGAUCCCCGUGCUGAUGGUCCUCUCCUGGUUCUUCCUGAAGACUCGCUACAGGCUGGUCCACUUUGUGGCCGUGGCCGUGUGCUUGCUGGGGGUGGGGGCCAUGGUGGGGGCCGACAUCCUGGCCGGAAGAGAAAAGGGAUCCACCAGUGACGUGGUGCUGGGAGAUGGUUUGGUCCUGCUCAGUGCCGUCUUCUACGCCGUGUCCAAUGUGUGCCAAGAGUACACGGUGAAGAACUUAAGCCGGAUCGAAUUCCUGGGCAUGAUGGGCCUCUUUGGGACCCUCAUCAGCGGCAUCCAGCUAGCCGUCCUGGAAACUCACGCGGUGGCGGCCAUCGAAUGGGACUUUCGCAUCUCCAUGCUGUUUGUGUUCUACGGCGUGUGCAUGUACGCGCUCUACAGCUUCAUGCCUGUGGUGGUGAAGAUGACCAGCGCCACUGCGGUCAACCUCUCUCUGCUCACCGCCGACCUCUUCAGCCUCUUCUGUGGCCUCUUCCUCUUCCACUACACGCGGGGCCCUUCGGCUGGUCAAUGCGAAACCUUCGGACGGAACGCUAACAUGUCCGCCCGGUCGUCUCCGUCUCCUCAUCCUCCUCCUCCUCCUCCUCCUCCUCCUCCAGUUUUCAGCGCUGUACAUCGUCUCGUUCGUCGUCAUCACCGUGGGCUUCGUCAUGUUCAACGCCGUUCCCAUGUACUCCGCUCUGCCGGAGUCCGGCUCCAGCGGGGACGACCCCGCCGAGGUGUUCGCCGACCUCACGGCCGAGAGCUCCUCGGACCGUUUGCUGUCCGCGGCCAGAGACGCUCCGAGAACCGAGACGGCGGCGGCCGAGGCCGCGUUGAGACCGAAGACGGAAGAAGGUCUCUGAAAGCCGACCGACUGCGACAUGCCUCUUAUUAUUAUUAUUAUUAUUAUUAUUAUUAUUAUUAUUAUUAUUAUUAUAGGUCUCCUUGCAAAGGAAUCUCAGUUUCGACUUUGACAUUCUUACACAAUUACACAUUUUCUUGUCCUCGCACAUCUCCGAGUUUGCAUAGACACAUUUUUUCAUUCCUAUUUAUGUUUUCUCUUUUUUUUUUAUUAUUAAACAUCAUCUAAUACUACGUGUGUACCGGAUGUCGACGUGUUCAACUAAAACAAUGCACUGCUAUUUAUUGUGCCAAAACUGAUGCGUUACUUUCUUUCUCCUUUUUUAAAAUUUUUUUAUAUCAAUAUAUUUUAAAUUGUAAAUUGUAAAUUUGAAAAAAACAGUCACAAAGUUGUAUUCUUGUUGCCUAUGGUGCCGUUACAAUGUUCAUUUAGUAGUUUACACUGUAAAUCGCAAGGCUUCCUUUGCCUCGUGUGAAGCAUGUUGACGUGCAGAGGGUUCACUUUUUACAAUUAAAUAGAUUUUUUUUGUAUUAACCUGGGUCAUCAUCAUUAUUAUCGACUUUACAUUUUAAUUGUGUCCGUUUGGUUGUUCUACGAAAGUAAGUUUUAUUUUAUGCCUCUACGCUGACAUUUUGGCUGUCUGUCAUAGUCUCAUAAUAUAAUAAUAUCUCAGGAACGCCAAGAGCAAAUUGAGCAAAACGUCAUCUUGGACUCAAAGAUGAACUGAUUCUAUUUUUCCUGCCCGAAGGUCACUGUGACCUUCAUAUAAUGUUUCUGGCCAUAAUUGAAGAAUACAUAUGCUUAUUAUGCCCAAUUUUCCACAAAUGCCUAAUAGAAUAAAAAGGAUGAAGUGAAGACAUUUUGGACCGACAUGAAUGUGAACUGGUUGGCAGGAGCUACCACACAGACGCCGGGUUGUUACUCUUUAUCUUUCACAGCAUAUCAGAAAGACAACGGUUCAAGGUAUACACUUUUUCUUCUUCUUGACAGUUGUUGAGCUACCACAUACCACAAUAAUUGCAUACUUUUAUUCA